AAUAUUUGAAAGAUAUAUAUACUUCGGGAGAGCCAGGAGAGCCUUGCAUGACUAUUGAUGAAAUUAUGGAUACUACGCUUGGUACAAAAUCGGGGUACAUUGAAGGUCUCGGUUAUGGUCCGAAACCUGAUACUACAAGAGCCACACAAAGAAGAACGGCAGAAUUAGAAGAUUCCCUUAGAAAGACGAAAGAGGAAGCUGCUAGUGCCCAACAUGAUUUACAGAAACGAUUAAAUGCAGCUGAAAUUGUGGUAGAGACCCAGCAGUCCAAGAUAGAAACCCAGCAGUCCCAGAUAGAAACCCAGCAGUCCCAGAUACAAGCAUUAAAUUCUCAAUUGGUUACUCUAGCAGCACGCCAAGAAGAAAUGUUUAAAAAAAUGCAACAUUUUGUUAGCUCAUCGCCAUCAAGGUAUUAAAUGUGGGAAUUGAAUCAAGACUGAUUGCAAGCUGAGUGUCACCACAUUAUUAGUAUUUUGGAAAAAACUUGCACUAUCUGUCUUAUUUUAGGAGUAAUAUUUCGUAUAUUUCAGUUGAAUUGGCACUUUGGAAGAAACUGUAUUGUCUGUCUUAGUUUAGGAGUAAUAUUUAGUAUAUUUCAGUUGGAUUUUCUUGUUAUUAGACAAUUUUACUUUUGUUUAGGAGUUUGUAAAGAGAUAUGAUCUCAGUACAAUUUUAGUUGUUCUUAAUUGUAUGAUCAUGGGUGAA